GUCGCAGCCGUCGCGAUGAGGCAGGCUCCUGUCAACGUUUAAGCCACAACAAUAGCCGCGAUAAUUGCACAGUUCUGCCUUAUUUUUGGAACACAGACGGAGUCAGAGACGGCAAGCAGAAUGUCCCAUUUGCUGAGGCGCACCAAAAAGUCCUGUCUGAAGUUGCUGCGCAGGAUAUCAACUUCAAGGCAACUCUUUGUGCAGCGCCUGGACGAGGAGGAUGGCGACGAGGAGGAGGAGCAGAUGGAGCAGCCCGAUGGGGAGGCGUAUCUGCAGAAGGAUGUGAACAGCAAUUGCCACACGGCGGAGGCCAUCUACGAAGAGCUGCAGCUGACUGAGUGCAGAGAAGCAGCCCAGCCGCAGCUUCACUAUCCAGAGGCAAAGCUAGACCUGAGGAGCAGGUACUUGCUUAGUUCGAGCAACUAUGAAGUGCUCGAGUCCACCCCCGUAACAGACUCCGGCAUUGAGUUCGAGCGCGUGCCCUACAGGGCCAAUGUGCGCUAUCUGCGCCACACUCCGUCCAACUCCAGCCUGGAUCUGCAUCUGCAGGUGGAGGAUCAACAGAAGCAGCAGUCACAGCAGUCACAGCAGUCACAGCAGUCACAGCAGCUGCAACCAAAACAGAAGCCACAACCAAUGCAGACUGCAGCCAGAUUCCAUCCGUGCAGCAUCAGUCUGGGAUCGAAGUUCGAGGGCAACUACCACAACGUGGUGAUCAUGGAGCCGCCGCACGACGACUAUCCCAUCGUCAAGUGGGACAUCAAUGGCAACUCAAUGGACGAUGAGAGCAUGGAUCGUUGGCAGCUGUCCACCCACUGGGAUGACUUUGAUAGUCGGUGGCGCAGGGCGGCGACCGGUCCCUCCCACUUCCGAUCCCGAUCCCAGUCACAGUCGCAGUCACAGAGGUCGAGCCACCAGUCGAGCUCCUGCACUUUGGAGACGUGGAUCGAUGAGGCGGAGCCGCUUAGCCUGGGGCCCUUCGUCGACGAGCAGCAGAAGCCCCAACAAACCACAGGAACACACAGUAAUCUUUGCCUUAAGAGCUUCUAAAUUCGGUAUUCGGUGGCCUCUGACUUUGACCUCCGCCCGAAUGAAAUUAUAUGUAACCAGAUAUGUGAGAAGGUACUUACUAUAUGUAGUAGAUAUGUACAUGUGUAUGAGUAUAUUGUUGUAUGUAUAUGAUAGACCGCAAUUUUCAUUAUAGAAAGUUGUUGCUACAAAUCCAUUAAAAUAAAGUGUUUGCGACGCUCCUUUGGCUCCAUACCUUGA